UGCUCAGGGGUGUAAACUCAGCCGUAAAUCAACUGGGCGUCUGCCUCGACUGUCCAUUGGGAAUCGCAUGUUUCUGUCACAUUUCUCUUUAAAUUAGUUGUUGCGGAGAGAGUAACAUAAAUAGCAUGUGAAAUGAUUCCAAUUUCUUAAAAUAAUAUUGAUUUGUUACUUUUUUCAUGUAAUGUACGAAUAUAGUAUUAACGAAUUUGCUCAAUAACAAUAGGUGAAAAGGACUCCAAUCGUAUUUUGAAGAGUGCCUAUAAUUUUUUUAAAAUAGUUGAGGAAUAUUUUGCUAACCCAAUGGCUCGGGUCACAUAUCUGAACUGCAAAUGUGGAUUAAAUAAUUAAGUGGUGGGACACGAUAUCUGGCAUGUUUUGACAGUCAUAUCAGACGGCCGUGUCAGCGGGAGAGGGAGGGGAAAAGAGACAGAAGGUUGAGAGAGGAGAGAACACUGAGGGAGCUCCCGUUCUGAGGUAUUCAGCUGUAUUCGUGAGGACUUGCGGGCGCUUUACAGAAAUAACAUUAGUUCUUUAGCCAGGGCACAGCACGAGCUUUCGCGCUCAUGACCUCGAAUCUUGGGGACCAGGACGCGCUGACGGACACGAAAUUAUCCUGCGAUGUUUAGCAGUCCUCACGAAUAGACAAGUUCCCAUUUUCUGUAAAUACAAUCUGUGCUUUUCCAUGCGGAGCAGUUAAUUAUCCAGAUAUCAAGGCAUUCACCGCCUGUACUCCAGAGGCAAGGAAUCAGUGGCAGCUGCUGAUCCUGGUCCUGGACCUGCUGGCUGUGUUCUCCCAUUCCUCUUUGGGUACAGGGGUGGGAGGGGUGCUCAGGAAUUAGGGGUCAGGACCCAAUCUGCCCCUCCCAAACUUUUGAAAGUCCAUCAUACUUUUUUAUUUUUAUACAACUUUAUCGAUCAGGACUGGAAUGAGUUGUUAUGAGUUGGAUAGGUCAUAGAGAUUGAUAAAUGUCCCAGCAUCCUUUGCUCCACAGCUACAGAAACCUAUCAAUAUUUGUGGGGAACAUUUGUCCUCAAAUCUGGGAAGGGAGAGUUUUCCUGUAGCUGCCUACAGGAAAUACCUGUGUUUGUUUUAUCUAAGAGUUCUCCUGGCUGGACUGCCCCCUACUGUUUAAAUCUGAUACUGCAAAUAACAUCCUUUCAGGCAUCUAGUUUAGUCUUCUCAACCUCGUUUCUAAUCUGUCAUGUGUAUUGCAAUAGGUGUGAAAUGGAUCCUGUUUCUGUUGUACUCUAUUAACUGUCUGUCUGAAGUAAGAUUCACUGUAGGAGUGACUCUGCUGUAAUCUGAAUUGCAAUUUCCUUUAUUGGAGAAGUUGGAAGUCUUAUAGCUGAUACUUGCCUUCCUUACCUUCCUGUCAGCGUUGUGUCUGAAUUGUUUGUGGAGCACUGGCUCCAACCCUCCAGCAGAAAAUGGCCCCAGUGUGUUAUCUGGGGUAGCCAGGCAGAACUUCCAGGACGGUGCCUUGCGUGUCAGCCCCCUUUGAGCCAAGAUGGUUCCCCCAGGAGUGAACAUGACCUUGAACUUGUCCCUGCCUCAGGACUGCCUCAACUGCACCCAGCCCUCCACCCCGGAGCUUGAUGUCACCAAGGCGGUGAUGCUGGUGCUGGUGAUGGCUGCCUUUCUUGUUUUUGGGGUGAUGGGCAAUAUCCUGGUGAUCCUUUCAGUGGCUUGCCACCGGCACCUGCGCACGCCAACCCACUACUUAGUGGCUAACCUAGGGGCGGCCGACCUGCUGCUGAGCCUGGCGGUGGUGCCGUUCUCCGCCAUCUUCGAGAUGCUGGGCCGCUGGGUGUUCGGCCGGGUGCUGUGUAAUGCCUGGGCCGCGCUGGACGUGCUGUGCUGCACCGCCUCCAUCAUGAGCCUGUGCGCCAUCUCGGUGGACCGCUGCAUCGCCGUCACCUACCCGCUGCGCUACCCCGCCAUGGUGACGCACCGCCGGGGGCUGCUGGCAGUGGUGGCGGUGUGGGGCUUCUCCGGGGUCAUCUCCGUGGCGCCGCUCUUUGGCUGGAAGGAGCCCGACCCGGAGGACGAGUCCAUCUGCGAGAUCACCCAGGAGCCGGGCUACACCAUCUUCUCGGCCGUGGGCUCCUUCUACAUCCCGCUGGCCGUCAUCUUGGCCAUGUACUGCCGCGUGUACGCCGUGGCCCGCCGCGAGCUGCGGGGGCUCCGGGUGGGCUGCAAGACGGACCCGUCCGACCCCGACGGCGUGACGCUCAGGAUCCACCGUGGCCAUUCGGCCCCUAGCCAGGAGGAGGGGGGCCCCGGCGAGGAGGCCCAGUCCAACCGAGCCCACUUCACCCUCCGCCUGCGCAAGCUGUCCCACGAGAAGAAGGCCGCCAAGACCCUGAGCAUAGUGGUGGGCUGCUUUGUGCUCUGCUGGCUCCCCUUCUUCCUGGUGCUGCCCAUCGGUGCUAUAUUCCCGUCCAUCAGACCCUCAGAUGCUGUGUUUAAAAUCACUUUCUGGCUGGGCUACUUCAACAGCUGCAUCAACCCCAUGAUCUACCCCUGCUUCAGCAAGGAGUUUAAGAGGGCCUUCCAGAACCUUCUGCGUCCCCGCUGCCUGAAGCGCAAGGCCCCCGGCCCGGCGAAGCUGCACCCAGAGGGCCGGUACCCUCCUGCCUCCAGCGGCAUGCCCCCUAAAUCCCGGGCCGCCCAGCCCGUCCCCUCCCCACCGCGCCCGUCCUACACACGCUGGGGGGUGUUCCUGGGCCCCCGCCCCUCUCGGGCGCGCGGGUGUGGUAAGGGCCUGCUGCGGGCGUGCUGCCUGGCCCAGGAGGAGCCCCUCGCUGCCCCCUGCCCGCCGCCCGGUGACGCCCACGCCCUGCCCGUCCUCAAGGUGCACCAAAUGUCCGUGUGCCAGGGCGGGGACGCCGUGUGACAGGCUCCGGCUCAGCUCCUCCCCCUUUCAGCACGGAGAGACCACGCCCACUUCAGCAGCGGGGGCGGGGCUGGAAAAACACUGCAAUGACAUACGGAUCUGCAGGACUUUCACAUUUACAUUACACUCCAUUACAGUAACUUGCAGAGGCUCUUACCCAAAGCAACAUGCAGCAGUGGAGAACACCAGUGUGACUCUCAGGAACACAAAGAUACAGCAUCACCAAGAAAGCACAGAGGCCCGAUUAUGAGUGUAAUGUUAACCUAACAACCAACUAUUUGCAUUGCAGCUGAAGGAAGUACAACUAGACAGAAACUUUACAUGGCUGUCGCUGUAACAUAAUUCAAAGGUAAUUACAAAAAAACUGAGAAAAACAAAGGCUAAAGAGCCAUGUUUUUUGAGAGCGUGACGCCCGUAACUACUCACAUGCACUGUGAGGUCCCUCCAGCCUUGAUGACAGAAAGGGACUCUGGGAUGUCUCUAAUAUCGCAUUUCUGUAGGUGGGGAGCCACGGGUUGGACUGAUGUGGAGGGCUCAGGGGCGGGGUUGUGGUAAUGUGACGCAUAUUGUUCUGUCUGUCCUGUUUGAUGAGAUAUACUUGCGAAACUGCUUCAUAAUUGCAUGCGGGGGAAAACUAGAAAUGUGUUAAAAGAAAUAAAGGUAAAUAUUUUUAAAAACCAUUUUAUUACAACAAAUGGCAGGAGUCAUGCCAGAGUACAGCACACACAGGGUAUUAUCGUGGUCUGGUGCAUUUGUGUUUGUGUAUGCUUGCAUUACUGAACAUUAAAUUGUCAUGUUUAUGAAUUCAAUGAGCAACCUGGACCCCACACCUAUAGGAAAGCCAUAAAAUAAAGGUAAAAUUAUCCAGGUGAAAAAUCGAGCAGCUUGGUAUCAGCUCAGGCAGCCAAGGGGUGACAGGUGAUAUUGUGUGCUACUGUGUAAAGUGUCUUUGUGACAGUUCUCUGUAAAAAAACGCUAUACAAAUAAAAUUGAAUUGAACAGGAAAAUGGGACUGAACUAGAGCUCCCUCUCUGUUCAGUGUACUACCGCAGAACACAGAAACACAAACACACACAUGCACACACAAACACACGCAUACAUGCAUAUGCACAC